UACACACUAAAGUUGCAUGCUUUUAUUUGAGUUGUUUUAAUUCGUGUGCUUCCUACCGAACAGCUCAGAUAUCCAGACGAAUUGGCCUGCAAGUUUUAUCUGUAUCAUACCAGCUGUACUUCGACGAUAGCUGUGUACAUAGGAACGGUCGUGGACGGCAAUGCCUAUUGACGUGGUUAUACUUGGAGCCGGAGUGGUUGGACUGUCCACAGCCGUCAAUGUCCAGUCCAUCCUUCCUAACGCCAAAGUGACCAUCGUCGCCGACAAGUUUGACCAGGAGACAACCAGCGAUGGAGCGGCAGGCAUAUUUCGUCCUAACUUAGAGCUCACGCCAUCGAAGUCGAGUGGACAAGCCCGGAAGUGGCUUCAGGGUUCCUUUGAUUGGUUCGAUCAAAUAUGGCAGUCGGAGGAGGGACAGGAAGCUGGUGUCAUCCGGGUAUCGGGCUACCAGCUGAUGAAUAAGAAAGUGUCGCUCCCAAUACACCGUCACAUGGACUAUAGGUUCUCGGUUUUAUCAAGCAAAGAACUACAACGCUUGCCCAUUGGCAAAAUAUACAAGUAUGGAUGGUGGUAUGAUACCUUGAUGGUGGAGUGCCGGCGUUAUCUCCCCUGGCUGAUGAAGAGAUUUCGCAAAAAUGGAGGGUAUGUACAGAACCAGAACAUAACGUCUUUAUCAGAAAUACCCGUGAGUGACGUCACAGUGAACUGCCUGGGUUGGGGAAGUCGGCAGUUAUUUGGAGAUAAAGACAUGUUCCCUGUCCGGGGACAUACCCUCAGGGUUAGUGCACCAUGGGUGAAACAGUUCUACGUCCUCGAUAACGGAGACAAUUUCAUAUACCCCGGACAAGACGACGUGAUAUUGGGAGUUACACGUGAAGAGGGCAAGACUGACCUUGACUACAACUCCGAAGCUUUCGACAAAAUUCGUGGGAUAUGCCAGCAAGUUCUGCCGUCCCUCAAGCACGCCCCGGAGGUACGACGGUGGGUGGGGAUCCGCCCCCACAGACACGACAUCAGACUGGAGCAAGAAACGGUCAAGGUGAACGGGAGGACUAUCCAGAUCGUCCAUAAUUACGGCCACGGAGCUAAUGGCGUGUGCUUUAGCUGGGGAACAGCACUGGACGCCGCUCGGCUGGCGACAGCAAAGGUCAAGGUCAACAAGUCAAGGUUAUGAAGAGCAUAUGGACAGGAUAGAUGGGGAUGGCUACCUAAAUAUCAUUGUCAAAACGCAAUGACAUUAAUUUUAAAUUCCAAAUGCAUGGCCAUAUAUGUGGAUAUUAAACUUUAUUUAUCUUUGUUGACCACAAACAAAACUACUAUUAACCACCUACCAAAGUAACUACAAUCGCCAAGGGAAAUAAUCAUAGCGUCAUUUAAUUCAGGAAAAGGCCACUUAUGCAUAUUUGUAAAGAUUUACUGGUACAAUGUAACCUAAGUUACAUGUACAGCCGACCAUGUGAGGUCAUGUGAUAAGAGAGUCGUUAGGUGCUGAGGUGACCAGGAAUAAUGCACAAGAUACAACAGAGGGGGAAUGGCAUGUCCACGAAUCGUUAGUUAUGUUAGGCCGCUUCUAAAGUGGCUGUGUGAUCCAUAGGGGCCUGAGGGUGCAUUUUAAGGGGUUUAGGUCAAUACCCCACCAAAUCUCUUACCCCGGACAAUAUCCAUAAAACAUCAAACAAUGUAUUUACUUCAUGCACGUUAGAAACGGUCUCAAAGUACGUAUAUAUUGUGUAUUAAAUCUCAAAUCAGUGUGGAAAACAAAGCACCUGUUUUCACUUCUAACUAAAACAUAAUCUGGAAACGAACUCAACAGUUCUCUAUGGUUCUCAAUACUGCCGCCGCUUGUCCUUCCAAACAGCCUAUUUAUCAUGUAGUGGUAAUAAAGACUCUAUGUAUGUGUGUGUAAAGACAUGUUCUACAUACGUGUGUACGGGUAAAGACACUUUGUGUAAAAACAGGGAUUUAUUUGUCUGAGUAAUGGAUGGCAAUGUUUUAGCAAUAACAUAUUAUAUAUUGUUUGUAUCAGUAAUCGAAAUAUAGUCAUUUGUAUUAAAUGGUAAGG